CGAGCCUGAAGCAGCAGGAAACAACAUGAAGCUGACGCCGAGGCUGAUACUGGUGCUCUGUGUGGUGCAGUGCUGCAGACGCACCGAGGCUACAGUCUCUCUGAUCGUCCGUCCAGACAGACAGCAGUUCUUUAUUACCAUAGACUCUUUCUCUCUGAGCUGUGAGGAGGAGGAGGAGAAUUCUUCAGGAUGGAAGGUGAAGAGGAGGACAAAAGCUCAGACUGAGGAGUGUGGUGUUGGAGGCUUUGGGAGACUUAAUGGUUCCUCCUGCGAGAUGGAAAGAAACGACAUGGAAGACAGUGGAGAUUACUGGUGUGAGAGUUCAGACGGAGCGAGAAGCAACGAGGUCCACAUCACUGUAACUGGUGGUCCUGUGAUCCUGGAUAUUCCUGCACGUCCUGUGAUGGAGGGAAGUGAUGUCACUCUGUUCUGUAAAACCAGGGAUGGUUCCAGCCGACCAGCUGUUUUCCUCAGAAACGACACCUCCAUUACAGCUGCACCUGAAACAGGUUUCACCAUCAGUCCAGUCCUACAGUCUGAUGAAGGUUUCUACAGGUGUUAUGUGGAUCUAAUUGGAGGUUCAGCAGAGAGCUGUCUGUCUGUCAGAGCUCGUCCUCUCUCUCUCUAUCGUCCAGUCUCUCUGAUCGUCCGUCCAGACAGACAGCAGUUCUUUGCUCACAAAGAGUCUUUCUCUCUGAGCUGUGAGGAGGAGGAGGAGAGUUCUUCAGGAUGGAAGGUGAAGAGGAGGAGAAGAACUCAGACUGAGGAGUGUGGUGUUGGAGGUGUUGGAGGCUUUGGGAGACUUAAUGGUUCCUCCUGCAGGGUGUCAGACCUCUACAUAUCACACAGUGGAGAUUACUGGUGUGAGAGUUCAGACGGAGCGAGAAGCGACGAGGUCUACAUCACUGUAACUGGUCGUCCUGUGAUCCUGGAUAUUCCUGCAAGUCCUGUGAUGGAGGGAAGUGAUGUCACUCUGUUCUGUAAAACCAAGGAUGGUUCCAGCCAACCAGCUGAUUUCUACAGAAACAAAACCUUCAUUACAGCUGCACCUGAAACAGGUUUCACCAUCAGUCCAGUCCAACAGUCUGAUGAAGGUUUCUACAGGUGUGGUUUUGAGCUAACUGGAUUUUCAGCAGCGAGCUGGCUGUCUGUCAGAGCUGCCCCCCCCCCAGCUGCUUCAAUGUUGGUGAGGCUGCUCUGCCACCUGGUGGUCUGCUGCCCGUACUGCAUCUGCACUGUCCUCCUGCUGUCAAUGUGCUGCAACAGGAAAGGGAACAAAACAGCUGUCCCCAUGGAAACCGGCCAGCGUGACCAGGGAUUGGAUGAAGUGUAUGAUGAUGUCGCCGCUGAUGUCACCACCGAGCAUGCCUUCUGA